CAGGGCAACACACACACAGAAAGAGCUUCCUGCACAAAGCAGGCAGCCAGAGCAGAAUGACAAUGACCAUCCUGCAGAACACAGCCAUGGUCAAGUCCCUACUGCUGUUGAUAUUGGGGCUCGCCCUGCUGAAGGAGGUGGCAGCUAGGACAAACCCCAAGGCAGCCUCUUGCCCUCCUCUGGAGGAGGAUUUUGUGAGGGUUGACAUUCGCAUCUUUAGUCAAAACAAGGGUAUUUCCAGCUUACAUGACAUCCAUAACCGCUCCAGCUCCCCCUGGGUUUACACCGUCUCCCGGGACCCCAACCGGUUCCCCUCCGAGAUUGCAGAGGCCCAUUGCAGGUACUUGGGCUGCAUCGACGCCCAGGGGAAGGAAGACCAUUCCAGGAACUCCGUGCCCAUCCAGCAGGAGUUCCUGGUCCUCCAGAGGGAGUCCAAGGGCUGUCCUGGUUCCUUCCGGCUGGAGAAGGUGCGGAUGACUGUUGGCUGCACCUGCGUCACCCCCAUAGUUCGCGAAAUAAAUGCCUGAGUGCUGCGCAUCCACUCGACUGAAGAAGCUGUAGACACGCCGCUCUUUACCUAGCACUCUGCAACAGUCCGGUGUGGUCCCCAGUUCUCUCUGUUUCGUAGGACUCUUGAUAAGAUUUGCUUGGAAUUCUCAAAGCUCUGUAUUAGAGAUAGCGUUAGCUUCCCAGGGCACUUCAGAAUCCUAAUAUAGUCCUGUGAUGCUCCCAUGUCCCAACCCCCUGGAGAACGGGGGAGGAGAACGGAGGAGCCCUUGGCCCACCCCGUUUAUGUGCUCUGAUGACCAUCUCCUAGCCGUGCAGUCACUGUGUUGCACAGCCAUUCCCUGGUAGCUCUGUUGGUAAAAUGGGCCUCUGUUCCAUGUGCAUGAAAACGCAGGAAAUAUGACCACAAUUUAGGAGUGGGUUGUGCACGAUAGGGUGGGCUGGGAAGGAUGGGGGUGAGAAUCUAGUACAUAUGUCUAUUAAUCAUUCACUAAUGUAGAUGAGUUUGGCUUGAUAUUUAUAUUUGGAAGGAAAUUGUGAAUAUAUUUAUGAUGCAUUAAUUAUAUAAAAUUUCAGGAGAAAAAUUAAAAAUCAAGGGCUAAUAUAGUAAAAUAUUAAUGAUUGAAAAAUACUUGUGUUCAUUUCUAGUUUCAGCUUGUACUCAUAGACCUUGUAGCUUUAAGGAUUUUGAAAUUCUAUAUACCUGUCAUUUGUUUUCCAUAUUUUGUCAGCGGAGUGCCAGUAUUAGAGUUAUCUCCUUACUAUUAUUUUUGUGUAUGUGUGUGGUCUUGGUGAUAUUAAUUUUUUCCCAGCUUUAUUGAGAUAUAAUCAAUAAAUAACAUGGUAUAAACUUAA